UGUGGAUCUAAGUGACUGCAAUCUAAUUGGACUCAAGUCCCAUGAUUGUCAUGUCCUAAUGCAACAAUUGUUGCCAGUAGCAAUAAGAGGUCUUUUGCCUAAAGGUCCAAGACAUGCAAUCUUUCGGUUGUGUGUAUUUUUCCACGAACUCUGUCAAGGAGUUAUUGACAAAAGUAAGCUGGAAGUAUUGGAGAAUGAGGUUGCAGAAACAAUAUGCAUGCUUGAGAAGUAUUUUCCACCUUCUUUCUUUAAUAUUAUGAUUCACCUUACAAUCCAUUUAGCGAGGGAAGCUAGGCUAUGUGGACCUGUUCAUUAUCGUUGGAUGUAUCCUUUUGAAAGAUUUAUGAAGGUGUUAAAGGAUUAUGUUAGAAAUCGAGCACGACCAGAAGGGUCUAUGGUAGAGUGUGUCUUAGCUGACGAGUGUGUGAAAUUUUGUACUGGUGUGACAAUGACCAUGUCUUCAGAAAUGUACCAAAUUGCUCAUCGUUACAUAUUGUUUAAUAGCUCAGAAGCUGAGCCAUAUCGAGAAAUGCAUGUUGAGGAGCUUAAGUAUUCAGAUCCGAGCCUUGUAGGCAAAUUGAACAAGCUACAUAGGAUGCAUGCAACUCAAUUUUCAAUUUUCAUCUUGGCUCCGCAAUAA